GAAAAAAAUCUAAGAAUGAGUGAUUUUUGGUUGAUCAAAGAUUGGUUAGUUGUAAAUGAUGAAAUCCAAUCUACAAAUACAAGAAAAGGGAGAGAGAUGAUGAACCAAAUGUUGGAGAAAAAGAGAUUGUUGCGAUUUGGUGUUUCUCUUUUCAUUAUUUAAAAAUGAUAUCAAUCUCGAAUAGACAAAGUUUCUUUCUUACUUUGUAUAACAUACAUGCAUAUUGAUAGUGUUAUACCAAGGACAUGAUUGAGAACAAAAUAACUUUGCAUCUUGAAGUUUUGCAUCGACGUAUUCGGAGCCAAUAUGACAAUGUACACUAUAAUGUAUACCUAUGAUUAUGUAUGGAAGAAAAAAAACUAUAAGAACUAAUUACAGAGGAUCGUAAGUUCUGAUUUGUUUGGUUUUUGCAAAUUAACUAUAAAUAUCUAUAAUAACUACAAUAACCGAAGAGGACGCUCUUCUAAUUAGUUUUAUUAUAAUUACGACUUUUUCUUUUCCCAUUCAAGAUACAAUUAAGAUAAGAUAUACAAAAAUAAAAAAUACAGAGAAUCAAUUGCCCCUUCUUUUUUGUUGUCAAACUACAGCUAGAGACAUUUUUUUAAAGUAGUACUAUGUGCAAUUGAUUUAUGAAUAAAACAGAGAUUUUGAAUUAAUCUACAAUCAAAUCGAUAGUCGGAAUUCCCGAUAUAGUCAAUGCAAGGUUAAUGCUGAAUCGUUGGCUUAGAGGGCGCUGUUUUUCUUUGCACGUAGAGUCCCUAAAACAGAUCUUUUAUAGGGACUUUAUUUGCACGUACAGGGAUCUUUGCACGUUCCUAUUUCACCCGGUUUGCUGGUCAUACAUUGAAAAUCUUUGUCGGUACGACCGACAACAAACCGGGUGAUGAUAAUUUGGCCGAAAUGUGCGACAGAAUUAUUUCCGGUAAUGAAUUUGACUGUAAGAGCUGGAUAUCAAAAAUUUUUAUAACUUAUAAAAGAUAAAUACAAGAUAAAAAGAACCGUCGAAAUGAAACUGUAUUGUUUGUCCAGCGAGCCAACGAAACCCUGUCUGGUCCUCAGUUUUAAGGGUAAUACUUUAAUGCUUGAUUGCGGGCUGAAUAUGCAAUCCGUUUUGAAUUUUAUGCCAAUGCCGAUGGUGCCCAGUCCCAAAUUCAGCUCCCUGUCGGCUUGGGUACCGAGAGAUAAUCACCAGGACUGGCAAAUUGAAGGGGAACUGAGAGAAAAUUGCGGCAGGGUAUUUGUGGAUUCGUCUCCAGAGUUUUGUCCACCUCUGGAGAAAAUUAUGGACUUUUCGGAGAUUGACGCCAUAUUGAUAUCGAACUACACCUGUAUGUUGGCUCUUCCUUUUAUAACUGAAGGUACUGGAUUCAAAGGUAUAGUUUAUGCAACGGAACCUACGCUACAAAUUGGUCGAUUUUUCAUGGAAGAACUCGUCGAGUUUAUUGAACGCACUCCAAAAGCAACUCUUGCAAGACAUUGGAAAGACAUGCUUCAUAUGCUUCCACCCCCCUUAGCAGAUGCAAUGAAACCAAAAUCAUGGAAACAUCUUUACUCAAUGACAUCUGUCAACUCCAGCCUUGCACAUGUUCAGAUGGUCGGAUAUGAUCAGAAAUUAGAUAUCUACGGUGCUCUGAUGGUGACCCCUAUAAGCUCAGGAUACUGUCUCGGUAGCAGUAACUGGUUGAUUUCAAGUGAUCAUGAAAAAGUUGCCUAUGUUAGUGGAUCAUCCACGCUAACGACGCACCCAAGGCCAAUGGAGCAGACAACGCUGAAGCAUGCAAACAUGUUGAUAUUGACAGGGCUGACGCAAACACCUACUGCAAACCCUGAUACAAUGCUUGGAGAACUCUGUAUGACUGUCGCAAUGACGCUCAGAGCUGGUGGCUGUGUUCUCAUACCCUGCUACCCUUCUGGUGUUGUUUACGACCUCUUCGAAUGUCUUAGCACACAUUUGGACAAAUCCGGAUUCUUACAAGUCCCACUUUUCUUUAUUUCACCCGUUGCCGAGUCCUCGCUAGCUUACUCGAAUAUUUUAGCAGAAUGGCUAUCAACGAGCAAACAAAAAAAAGUUUAUUUGCCAGAAGAGCCUUUUCCACAUGCAUUUUUGGUAAAAAACGCUCGCUUGAAACACUUUACAUCUACAUACGCUGAGGGAUUCAGUACUGACUAUAGACAACCAUGUGUAGUAUUUUGCGGACACCCAAGUCUUAGGUUUGGAGAUGCUGUACAUUUUGUUCAAAUGUGGGGAAACAGCGCUCAACACACGAUAAUUUUCACCGAGCCUGAUUUUCCUUACCUUGAUGCUCUUGCUCCAUUCCAACCGCUCGCCAUGAAAGCUGUUCAUUGUCCGAUAGACACAUCUUUGAAUUUCACACAGGCUAAUAAACUGAUACGUGAUUUGAAACCGGAGCAUCUUGUAGUACCUGAAUGCUACACACAACCGCCAAUGGCUGCACCGCACCGAUCUGAUCUCGUCAUCGAGCCCGUUGGGGAAAAGCUACUUAUAACCUUCAAACGUGGUGAAGUGAUCAAACUUCCUUUAAAAAGGAAAAAUGGUCGCAUAUUCAUAGAGCCAGAAUUAGCGGGCAAUAUUGUGCCGAGUGAAGUGAGACCUGGAUUAAGUUUAGCCUCUGUCAUUGGAGAACUAGAAGUUAAGGACAAUGUCUACACAAUAAGGGUAACAAACCUAUGUCCACGCAAAAAAAAAAAAAAUAAACAAGCUAACACAAAACUACUACGAUUAUUUUUCUUGAGAAAACAGACUAUCGAGGAUCGCCAGGGUGGAAAGAGAAACGUAAGCGGUGUUGGGCCAUCAGCACCGACCAAGGAAGAAAUUUUGCGGGAAAGAAAACAUGAGUACGGAAAUUUGGACGCUCAGGAUCUACUGCAAAAAUUGAAUCAAGAGGGAAUUCAUAGUGGCAAAAUUCAACAUGGUCCAACUUCCACGAGCAUUCAUUUGCAGGACGAAGACACUGUGAUACAAAUUGGAGACAAUUCAACGCACAUAUUUUGCAACGGUGAUCAAAAACUGCGGAAAAAAUUGAGAGCUAUUAUAAUGCAAUGUUUAAAACGAUUCUGAUGAUGCGAAAGUAUGAAAGAAUCACAAAUGCUUUUUUCAAUUCCUAGGAUAGUGGUAUAGCAGAAGCGGAAAGUAACGUAUUUUGAUUUAAAUUUCAAGCUUCGACAAAAGAAAUUCGCGAGUCUGGUUGGAUUAUACUUUACGUUCGAGUAUAUAAUAAUAAUUAUUUCGACGAACUGGUUCGGUUAGGAUCCAAAAUAAUCGUAGGGUUGUUCCAUGGUUUAUGAGUUAAAUUCAGUAGUACGUGAAUAUAAUGCGUUUUACUGUUAGUGUUUUUUUUCUUUUUUUUUAUGACUAUAAACGAACGUUUUCUUUAUUUUUCAUCACCCGCUGUUGAGUCCAGCAGGUUUACAUUUUGGGUAUCAUAAUAUGACAAAUGUUAUUCAACAAUCAGCAGUGUAUAGUUCGAAUUUUUCGGUUAGCUUUCUCAAAAAAGUUCGAUAUAAUUCAAACUAUAUAAGCCAAAUCACGCGAUCAAUCUGCAAAAUUGAUAAAAAAAAGAUCUCUCUGAGAACGAAAAUCAUUUUAACGGAUCAAUGUUCAAUCUUCUCAACAAAACUGGGCGCCAAUUGCUCAAUAAUGAGAGAAAUUAACGACAACCUAAGUAGGAAUAAUGACAUUAAUAUCCCAAUACUGAAAAAAUCUUUAUGACCGUUUUUAUCUGAUAACAACGAUAACAAAAGUAUUACCCAUAAUAAUAAUGACGAUGAUGAUGAUGAUAAUAAUAAUAAUGAUGAUGAUGAUGACAAUAAUAAUACCUAUAAGUACGACAAUCUAUUCUAUGUAGACAAGUAACUAGUACAACUAUCGUCUAUUGGUACUAGUUUAAUUUCCGGUUCUUCGAUUUUUAUUAUUCGAGAUUUCCUUGCUGCAUUUCAAAUUUCGGUCAAAGACAUUCGUUUGUUUUUCCUUUGCGCUUUCGAUCGUCUAUAGUUAUAAUUGAUUAACGUGAUCGACCCGAUCGAUUAUUAGUCAAAAGUUGAGAUUUUUCGGUACAAUAAGCUAAUCUUUGCAAUAAGUUCCAUUUAAAAGUGCGAUUUCAAAAAAAUCAACCCUCUUCUUCAAACAAUGCAAUAUCGCUAAUUAAGCGAUGAUAAACUACCAAGUUCGAUUCAAGGCAAUUUUUCAUCAUACCGUCCAGCAUGGGAUGCGCAAGAGUGAAUUUGCCAAGAGGUUAGUUUUUUCUAAAUCCGUUCCCAGAUCCCUAAGAGCGAUCUCCAAAAGACCAACAAAAAUACUCGACUGAUUUUCAUUCAAAAAUACGCGACUUUCAUCUCAUCGAUUACGUUUUGAAUCUUUUCGAAUACCGUUUCAGCUUUCCUGGUUAACUGGUUUUGAA